GUCAAACGUCCUUUGAUCUUCAUGAACACAUGUUUACGCCAUUUUGAAAUACGAUUUCGUCGUCGUCGAGAGAUCGAUCCGAUCACAGUUCACUCUUUUAAGUAAAGUAUUAUUUUAUCACGAGGAUCGUAUUCAAGAUAAACUCAAUUGAAUUGUUGGAGAUAGUUAAAAUAUCCUUGAUAAAAUGUGUAUAAAAGAACAACAGAUUGGAAGUGAAAUUUACGAUGCGAGCAAUGGUAUGAGAACUGUGGUGGAUCGAAUUAUUAGGGAUUAAGUUAAUACAAAGUCACCGAUCUCUUUCUUUAUUGAAAAUAUUUUACUUAUUUAUAACUGUAAAGUGAACGCUCGAAUAAACAAUUAUAUAGUUGCAUAAAAUAUCAAGAAAAUGGCGACAGAUGUCGAGGAAUCAGAUACCGACGAUCACGAAAGACCAGUUCCUCCAAAACGACAACGUACACGAUGCAUUAAGGUCGAUGAAAAUUAUUGGGAAACGGAUAAAACAUCAUGCAACAGCAAACAUACGAUACAAGAAGCAGAAAAUGUGGAACACGAAGAUGUGGAAAGACGAGAAAAAUUAAGGCGAUGGCAAGCUUGCCAAGUGGCAAAAGGAUUUGUAGACAAUACUAUUAAUAAAAUGCUGGAAAAUUUCAUCGUGCCAUCGGAAUCCUAUUCUCUGGGAGAUCCAGAAUUUCGUGUAUUUAGGGGAAAUGAUAUGGAAAAUACAGCUGUAAUGAUGGCAAUUCGUAAUCAUGGUUUGGUUCAAUCAACAGAACUAGUUUCUCAAUCUGAUACCUUCUAUAGUAAUGGGAUACCUGGCUAUUGGACUAAUAAUGAUUAUACAAAUGUAUCGUGUUGUCCAUCCAGUCAUAUGCAAGAUGCAGGAGAUUUUUCUAAUUCCAUAGCUGCAUCAUCAGCAAAUUCUUUGAAAUUACACGAUUCUUUAGAGAUUCCACGUUAUAAUGGAUCAACUUGGGACGUUGGUAAAAUAGCGGAUAGUGAUCAACAAGAAGAUUUCUUAGAGAGAGCUGUAGCAGAAGCUAUCAAGAAAAAGGGCUUAAGUGCUCUGAGUGUAGAUUACGGAUGAAGUGUUUCUUUCCAUUAAUUGCCAUACAAAUGUAUUGAUACAAACAUGGUAUUAUUAUAUAUAAGACUAUUAUAUACACGCAUGGUAUAUAAUAGUAAUAACUUUGUUCUUA